CAGGUGGCUUAACCGCUUGACAGCCUCCGCAAGGGGUUCACAUCAAGCUAUCCAACGAUGGCAGCAGCAUGGUUGCUUGUGGGUCUGACCACGGCACUGCUCUUCGUAACAACUGCCUUCUGCGCUGAGGGCAAGGAAGAAGUCAUCACGCGAGCUGUUGCGAGCCUGACCGUUGGCACUGCGAGAGGGGUCGUCACAUUUAGCAUGGACGAAAACUGCGGUGAAAUCCUCGUCUCCGGUAAUGUCACGGGACUACAGCCGGGCAAACAUGGCUUCCAUAUUCACAUGUACGGAGAUAUAUCUGAAGGCUGCAGUGGCGCUGGGUCGCAUUUCAACCCCACGAAACAGAAUCACGGCGCCCCUGAAGAUACUGAACGGCAUGUAGGUGACUUGGGCAACGUCGUGGCAGACUCUUGCGGUUCAGCUAGUUUCAAGUUCUACGAUCGCCUCCUGCAGUUUACAGGGACAAACUCUAUCAUCGGAAGAGCUGUUGUGGUACACGAGAACGAAGACGACCUGGGUAGGACUGGCCACCCAGAGAGCUCGAAGACUGGCAACGCUGGAGGACGAGUGGCCUGCGGAAUCAUUGCCAUUGCUGCUCCUUGAUUCCAGCACAAUUCACAAAACGUGUUCAGCUUUAAUAAAAAAAUAUAUUUAUUACACAUCA